AUGGAAAUUAACAAUUCUGGCCGUUCACGUCCAUUAAGUUUACCAAAGUCUCCAAAACGAGGAAGAAAUUUAUUACUUCCUAAGAUAGAACAGACUCGCAAACUUAUAAACCAAAUAUUAAUUAAGCUAAAGAAAAGGAAGAAACCACCUUCUCCUUUUCAAAAUUUGAGUGGUUCGCCAUUAAAUGAAGAUAAUAAUGUAUUUAAUGCCGAUGAUACUUGCGAUUUGUUAAUUCAUCUUAGAGAUGUAUUAGUGCAAAAUAUAUUUUUUAUUAGAAUGUCUGCUACACCACCCGAAUCACCAUAUGCUUCGCGAGAACCUUCACCCAAUCGAUCUCGUUCGCCGUCACCAUCGCAUACUAGACGCGAUAUACCAAAUCGAAACAAAAGUUUUGGUAUACUUGAACGCAUAUUAGAAGUGUUAUAUGAUAUUGUUCAAAAUGACUGUCGUUAUAAAGUUAUCACACCAAGGCCAUUUCGUCCACCUCAUUCUUUACAUUCAAUUGUACUUGAUGUUGCUCACUUAUUAGUUGAACAAAACCCUUAUUCACCGGGUUGGCUGUAUGAAUUGGGAAUGGCAAUGAUACCUGGGUUUAAUUUUUUUAAUGAUGUCUUACAUGCAAGGCUAUUAAUAUUUUAUAAUGAUGUCUUAAUCCCACAUUUGAUGGCUUGUCAAAGGGAAUUAAUAAAAUUUGAAAAUUCAUCAUAUAUCAACAUAACAAUAAAUUCGGAAGAAUCAGCAGCAACACAUUCACCACGUUCGGUAAAUUUGUUAAAAUCUAAUGCCGAUAGAUCAGAUGAUGAACAUAGUUUCAAUCGUAGGCAGAGUGCGGCUAGAAAGUUAUCAAGAAGACUUUCUAUUUCAUAUACUGGAGAUCUUGAAAUUGAUGCUUAUUAUAUUGAUUCAAUGUUUACUCCUUUAUUAUAUUCGAUUAUGCAAUUUAUUUCAGUUGAGAAUUCUUCUUUAGAAACGUUAUAUCAGAUGCAUCGAACUAUUGGAAUUAUGGUUCAAAAUAAGCCGGACCUCUAUAAUGAUGUUAUAGAAAUUAUUGCACAUGGUGAUACAAUUAGUCGUAAUCAGGCUGUAAUUAUUUUAUUUUACUUUUGGAGAAAUAGUACUGGGCAUCUUUCAAUUGGAGAAGCUCUUCCAAGUGUUGGAUAUAUGCAUGAUUUGUCGACUAAGGAGAAAAAAAAUGAUAUUCAAAAAAAUUCAAAGAAAGUUUCAGUAUCCAUUCUAAAAGAUGUUCAUAAUCAUCAAUUUUUGCCGCAUAUUUUUCUUGACACUCAAGACAGCAAAGAAAUUAAACAUGCUUCUAUAGUGGAUAUGCAUGGUCAAUUUAUACCAACUGAACAUCCACAUGCGUGUGUUCAAUGCUUUAAACCGGUAUCUGAUUUUGGUUUACGAUGUGGUGGCUGUAAACUAAAUGUUCAUUUUACAUGUUAUAAUUUAACUGAUGGAGGAUGUUUGGAAGAAUAUUCGUUAAAUUCAGGAGUACACAAGUUAUCAACACCAAGAUAUUGUGAUAUAAUUCAUGGUUCCAGAAAAGCUAUUUACAAUGAUCCUUCGAAAAACAAUAAUUCUCAAACUGCUAUCGUUUCUGAGAUUGUUGCUGGACACGCUUUUCGCCUCGCAAAUUUUUUUACUUUGGUAUUAUGUAUAGUUUGUCGAAUGCCUUUAUGGGGUGUGAUGAAUCAAGGUUAUCGGUGUGAAUCUUGCAAUAAAUUUAUACAUCAUCGAUGUAUGAAAUCUAACGAAUUGAAAAAACAAUUCACUUGUCAGUUUUCGCCCAUGAAUGAAGAUGAUGCAUUGAUUGAACGCGAAAUGCUUAGUCUUAGUUUUAAAACUUAUUACGAGAAUAUCUUGAUACCCGAAGAAAAUAUUUCUAAUUAUAGCUUUGAAGAAUUAUCCAUAAUGAUGACAAUUUUACAAAUGCAAGAGAAUAUAUUGCGUAAUGGAAUUAUGGCUGGAUGUUUGAUUAUCAAACCAAAAUACCAUAAUCCUCUUACCCCAAUAACAGAACCAUUUGAAAAUUUUUAUGAGUUGCAAGAGUUUUUUGAACUUUAUAGAUCAUAUCUCGGAGGGAGAAAGGUAUCAUUAUCGGUAAUAUCAAGUGAAUAUUGGGAAGGCAUUGGUAAAAAUCCUCCUUUAUGGUUAAUUUCUUGCGAGGAUUAUCUUGCACAUUUAGCAUCUAUUAUGAAAAAUUCGGAUGAUUCGGAAUCCGAAUUUGUAGAUCGUCACUUAAGCGUUUAUACUGCAGCUACUUUAACAGCGUCUUCACCGGAAUAUUCUUAUAAUUCUACAGGGAUUUUGACCAUAAAGGAAAUUAUGAAAUGGUUGCGAAAAAACCUUGGAUUUCAUAGUUCUUAUGCUUCAAAGGUUUUCUUGCAGCAAAUGGUCAACUAUGGAUUUUUGGAACAUAUUGAUGGGCAUCCAAUAUUAUUUUAUGAUGAAUCUGAAGGAAAGCAGUUGGACUAUGAUGUUACAUUUCCUUUACCGUUUGUUAUUGAAUGUUCUCCAACGGUAGAGUCUUUAAUAACCGCAAUUAGCGCAUGCUUAUCGGAUAUUAGCAUUUCAACAAAUGAAUGUGGAUUAUUAUUGAUGACAAGACGUUGUUGGCCAGAUUCAUUUUUGUCAAGAUACGUAUUAGAAAGAUUAAUGUAUGCUGUAAUCAAAUGGGUAUGUGAUGAAGAUGAUAAGCUACUUAUAAUUGCACGUGAAUAUACUCCAUCUCAUCUCAGACUUCCUGGAGUUCGUGAUGAAAUAGAGGAUAAAAGGGGAUGUGCAACUCAAAGAACAUCAUCAUUGGCACCUAGUUCUGCUGGUGGUGGUGCUUAUAUCAUAUGUCGUAAAAUGUUAAGAGAAAAAUAUAUAGUGAACUGGAUGUCUGCAAUUCAUGAUAUGAAUCAGGGUUUGUUUUGUGAUAUCGUUUUUGACCAAAUAGAAAUGUUGCAUGAAAACAACGAUGAAGAGGAUGCAGUAAAUGAAACUGAACUUCAAAGUCAUGAUCGUAUAUUAAAAUUUAUGAUUAGAUUAUGGCAUGCCGGGCUACUUUUUUCUGCGUUUAAUGACAUGAUUGCUCGAUGGUUAGAUGACGUUUAUCAUAUAAUGAAACAUCAAUCCAAUAUUUUUGUGGAAAUGAAAACUUUAUACAAAAUCUUUAACGUGUCAAAAUCAAUGCAGCGCUUUAGUACUACGGAUCAAAUUCUUUUGUCAACCGAAAAUUACCAUGGCGAUAUAACAGAUCCCAUUUCAUUAUUAACACAGCUUUUCAAAGAAGGAGAUGCCGUUGAAAUAACCCGAGCAUUGCAAUGGAUGGAAGUGAUGGUUCGUUCCGGUGUUGGCCUUUCAGGUUCAAUAUUCUCUGAUUUCCUUCCAUAUCUGGCAAAUCUUACGCCAUCUAUCGAACAAUACGUUACAUUUAUGGAGGUUAUGUGGUAUCAAGUUAUGAAUGGUCUUGGGCAGCUUCUUGUACGAAGCAACAUUCAAAAAAUUAUUUCAGAUGUUAAUGAUUUAUCCUUUGAAAAGAUCCAAAAGAUAAAUGAAGGGGGAUACGGUACAGAAAUUGCUAGUGCGAGAUCUUUUAUCAAAGCUACGCUUGCAUUGUCUUUAUAUUCUUAUAAUUGCCCAUUGGAAAUGAUAUAUAACAUCGGAAUAUUUGAUUCGCUACCAGCAAAGACAUUUAUUUUAAGUCAACAUAAAAGAUUAUCUAGUCUUAAGGACUCAACUCCUGGAUCUAAUAUUACUGCCGAUAAUCCUUUAAUGUUAUGCUUGUUGAAGUAUGCUAGAUUCGAAAAAUUAGAAGUUCGCGGAGAUAUAGUGAAAGGGUUUUGGAGAUUUUAUACUUCGGCAGGUUUAAUCUUCAAUAAAAAUGAAUUUAUUAAUAAUUGUAUUCCUAAACUUCUUCCAAGCGUAUGGGAGGAAUUGUCUCCAUUAUAUGAUAUAUCAUCAGAUAUGACUUUGCAACUUUUGAUGAGAAUUGUUUGGGCGGAUUCUAGGUUCUUUCUUGCUUCAGUCAGUAAAGUAUUCGAACAUUCUAGUUGGGAAAUUAGAUUCGAUGGUCUUGAUAACUUGUAUGGGCUGUUUUCUAAGUUGGAAGAAAGACAUGAAAUACAAAGAGCCGGAGUUUUCACAUAUUUAGGACCAAUAUUUAGUUACUUGGUUGGAUGCUUAUGGGAUGAAGAGGAAUUUGUUAGGACAAAGGCUAUAAGUUAUAUAAGAUCUUUGCAACCGCGACACGUGCGUUUAGCUUUUAAAUGUUGGGAAGGAUAUUUUUUUACAGCAAGUAUUCAUGCUUUAACUCAAGAAAAUGAUGAAGCUGAACAAGUUUCUACUGUUGAUAUUUUGGAAAGUUAUAUGAGACCAGAUAGUAUUUUGGUUAUAGGAUUGAAACAACAAGUUCAAGAUGAUGGAAAUUCGACUCCAGGACAAAGAGUUGCUGAAUUACAAAAUUUGAAGGUUAUAAUGCUAACGCUUGCCCUGCAGAUGUUAGCAAAUGGCAUUGAAAUGACUCAAGAACAAAUAACAACUUUAAAAUAUUUGGUGGUAACUCAUUUAGGGUUUAAAAAUGUUAAAUAUGAAUUUGUUAAUGGAAAGCUUAAUUUAACUUCAAUUGGAGAUUUUGAAUAUAUUCCCGAUGAUUUUACACAAAAUAUGAUGAUGAUAUCAUGUUUAGGAAAUCUUAAGAGAGUAUUGGAUGCACCAAUUUAUUUAAAGGCAUCAAAUAAUGCCGAACCAGAACAGGAAGAAGAAUUAGCAGGAGUAUAUUUUGUAGAUGUCGUUUUAGGGUUAUUUUAUUCUUCAGUGGAUAUGUCAACUUUAAGUCAUCUUAUGCUUAAAAGUUGGAUUGAAUUAUUACUUAUAAUUGUUUAUAAGCAUAAGAUUGAGGAGAAGCGUAAUAAUCAAUUAGAAGAACAUUUAGUGAGUGCUAUGAGGAAAUCUUCUGAAUUACUAUCCAAAGAUAUAACAGAAGAAAACAAACAACUUAUUAUAGAGGUUUCCACCACCUUAUUAAAAAGAGCUCCAAUGUUAACAGUUAACAUAUUAGGAAAAUAUAUUAUUACAUUGGGAAAGUUAUUGACAAACUUAGGAAAUGACUCAUCAAGUUCUUUGGUUAUGAGUGCAAAGAUAUUUUUACGAACUGCCUUUUUAAGUUUUGCAAGAAACGGAUUAUUUGUUUUAAUUUUUAAGAAUCAAAGCGUUGCCGACGAAACUAAUACUGAACUUGAUAUGUUUCGAGUAUUACGUGAAAUAAUAAGAGAUGAAGUUAUUCCAUCAGAAGAUGAAAAUGCUGAACCAGCCUAUCUUCGUGUCGAGCCAAUAAGAGAUGUUAUAAAUCAAUUAUUUAAAUUUACAAAUAGUAAAAUUGUCUCGACUAUAUUGUAUAACUUGAAUAGAUACGUUGAAUUGGUUUAUUCGAAGCCUUAUAGUGAACAAUUAAUGAUAGAUUUGGGAACAUUUUUAACAAAAUUGACUAAAUAUACUACUGAAUGGAAGCGUGUUGACUGGGAUGUUAAUCCUAUACUUAAUAUGAUUUCAAUUAUAAUUAAGGAUAAUCUGUUCUAUGCAAAGCAUUUGAUUCAUCCUGUAAAAAACUUCUUGAAACACGUAAUUAGUAAAUGUGGACCUACAAUAGAAUCAUUUGUAAAAGUUUUGGCAGCUUAUAAUGCGAUAAUUGAAGUCUCCCCAUCCGAAACAAUAAAUGUGUUUGGUGAAGUGUUACUUGAUGAAAUAAAGACAUUUUAUAAGGGAGCCAGAAACAGAUUGAAUCGAGAUACUUUAAUAAUCUUAUUACAGCUUGUAUUAUGGGAUAUGCAACCAUCAGCACAUUUAUGGUUUAAAAAUAUCGAACAAAGAAUUAAACUUAAUUUUACAAAUCAACCACGCAAACCUUUUUUUUCAAAUGUUUCGGAAUUUUUAUUUGAAGAUUGUAUAACUUUCUUAGAAAAUCCCCCUAUAAUAAAACAAUAUUCGAAACAAGAUUUUAAAGUUGGAGUAUGUGCAAGUCAAUUAGCCGUUGCCAUGUGUAGUCAAAAAUAUGAUUUAUUGACAAAAAUUUUUUUAUGGCAAAAGCAAACGGACUCUAGACGCACAAUUCGAUUAUUAAAUUGGAUUUUAUUGGGAAUUUUAAAAGCGGAUUCUUCAGCAGGAUUAAUUUCAACAAUAUUCGAUUUUCAAGAUAAUAUUACAGAUUUAUUGUCAAUCGCACUUAAAUCACCAUUUAAUGAAUUGGAAACAGGGGAUGUAAAUUAUCUAUAUACAACAUCAGGAGAAUUGGCUUAUCAAUCAUUUGUUUUAGUAAAAAUUUGGACGAUGCUUUGUUCACAAAAUUCUGAACCGAGAGAGAAAAGUAAAGUUAACGGAGCACCUAGAAUACAUCAAAGAUUAGUUACUAAUUUAACAAUGUCUGAAAGAAGAUUUUGGAAUUUUAUUUGGCCCAAUAUUAGAAAACAAUUGAUUAGUGUUACUGAUGAGAAAAAUAUUCUUCCUAACGGAAUUCCUUAUUGGGAGAUGUUUAUGGACUUGAUAACAUUUCUCCAUUUAAUUGGUAGUGAUAUUGUUAUGUUAUAUUCUCAAGAAUGGUGUAUGCUAUUAGAUAGUCUCAUUGAUGAGAAUGAAGAAGAGAAUAGUGAAUUUCAUCAUAAAAUAAAACAAGCAAGAUCAAUGUUCGAUGAUCCACCGUUAAUGAUGCAACAAGAUAUGUUAAUUACACAAUUGUUUAUGGAAAUGAGAGAAGCCAUGAGAUUAUAUUUUGAGAUAAAUAAUAGUAAUGCAGUAAAAAAAUUUAAAUAUUGUAAAUUUGUUAUAAAACAUCAUUUAUAA